AUGACAACAAGCAACGGGCCCGCGCACUCCGCACUCACGAUUGAGAGUUCACCGCUCGGAGAAGUCAGUGAGACGCUGCAGAAGGAGGAGCUGGACGACGCACAUUGGGAUACUGGGCCAGCGGCAACCCCCGACGCCAACGCCGCGAUGACCCCCAGCACUUCCGGAGGACUCUCGAAACGAACGGUGUUCGAGAUGGCCGCAGCGCUUCUCCUAUUCAUAUCCAUCGUCACCGCAUGCAUCGCAUUGGGUAUCAACCCCCGUCGCAUACGCGCCCAUCCGCCUGUGCAGCCAGUCGCUGGGCAUCCUCCACAGGUUUCACACGCACCGAUACCUCUGGCCGUCAUCCCGAAUCGCCUUGCACACGCAACGGUCGGAUUCGGCUACUCUGUGCGAGAGUAGCGUCGAUGAUAGAAGCUGCUCGGCACUGACAGUCAAGCUGCUUCGAGCCAGGCCCAUGUUUUUUCCAUAAUUUAUAUGUCGAGCAACGCUUUCGUACCGCUGUGGUCAAUGCUAUCCGUUGCUUUCGUAGAACGCACAACACAUACCUGGUGCACAACAGAAGCCAAGUCGGCCAUGGUCGAGUCCCCGCCCUUCCAGCAGCAACAAGAUAGCCCCAUGCAAUCCCACGCAACGCACUCCGAUCGAUUCCCCAGACCACGCACCGCGAAGCCCUCGACGACAGCCAGGUCCUCGCAGAACAAGAUAGAUCCGUACCCGCCGCUCAGUCCGUCGAUACGCUUGUUGACCCCGUCCUUCUGCUCGCCUGCGAUCGGUUAAUACCGCCUCUAACACCGCUGCUGCUGCUGCGCGUACCUUCGAGGCCCGCAACAGUCGCCCUUCCGAACGCCCACCCGGUGAGAAAUGAGAGUCGGUAUCGGAUGGAGGGCCUCGGGAAAGUGUGCGCAGAAAGCAUGAUGUCGACUAGGCGAGGGGAUGAGAACAAGAUGCGAGUCAGCCGCUCGCUCGCGCUUCGAGGAGCGUGGUUGUUGUAAAGUGCGCGGUCCCGGAUACAGACUCGUCGCCGUUUCAGCCGAGUCCGAAGGCGACUGUGGCAAGGAGCUGUCCGUAGACCAUGGAGGAGUAGGAAAAGAUCCAGCGACCGAUCUCCGACUUUGCGCUUUGGUGGUUGCGGAGAUUUGCGGGGCUCACGCCGUUACCGGAUGGGAGCUCAUUGUAGAUGAUGCUAACAUUGCGGCGAGCAUGCUCGCUGCAGCGAUUCCUUGGUAGUGAAGCAGAAUGGUCGCCCUCGGGUAGUGGAAGUAAGUGGGGGAUUACAAGACUGAUCGCAUCGCGCAGUGCCAAAAACAGUCUUCCCGAAGCAGACAUUGAGCGAAAUAUACUCAGGACUUGCGCCAUCGAGGACUGGUGCACUGAAUGACCUGUGAAUUGUCCGCUUCAACGAGACCGGCACCGAGCCGUCAAUCAGACCUGGCUCGCAGAUUUCGAGAAAUUAUCUCGCCUGGCAUAGACCUGAUUUUCUAUAUGGAGUUUUUUU